ACAAAGCAAGCACUAUGUCAUUGUGCUAUGUCAUAUUUUUAAACACGUCUUUUAGUUCGAUGUUUCGAAUAUUGUCUAAAUUCGACAGUGUUACCAUAGUAAUAGUUGUGUCGAGCGAUUGCUCUUUGCUCGAUUUAAUAGUCUGUUGUUACCAUGGCUUUGCAGGUUACCAUAGUAGCAUUAAACUGCGCAGCCGCUUUAGCCGUCUAGCGGGAUGGCGGUGAAAGCUGUCAACAUAAACUUGUGAUUGUUGUAUUAAACACGAGAAGUAAGAAGAGGACCUUUGAAGUGAUGGACCCUGUGAAGAAAAUAACAAAAGAAGAUACUUGGAGGUCUGAUGACUUAAAAGUGCACAUCGAGGCACACAAUGAGGAGAGCAAAAGAAGAUCUAAACGAGAAGAGGAGCACAGGAAAUACAGGGAUGGAGAGUCUCUGGAUCGCCGUCGCAGAGAUCCUGAUCGAGAUGCAAAAAGAGAAAAAGAAAAACGGAGAGAGCGAGAAAGCACAAGAGAGAAGAGCAAACACAGAGACCCAGACGGGGAUAGAAACCAGGACGACAAGCUGGAAGACAUCAGGGAGGAUAGAUAUAAAGAGAGAAAGAGAGAGCGAGAGAGAGACAACAGACACAGAGAUGGAGAUGAAGAAGAAAAAAGACACAGUCGAGGGGAGAAGGAAACCGGUGAAAGACGGAGGGAUAGAGAAAAGGACCGAUAUAAAGACAGGGACAUAGACAUGUACAGUCAGGGGGCCAGGGGUACAAACAGGGAAGGAGAAAAAGAUAGAGAUAGAAGGAGAACUGAGAGAGACAGGGAGCGAAAAAGUGAAACAGAUAGAAGGAAAGAGGAGAGAAGAGACGGAGAAAAAGACGAAAGGGAGAGAGACAAAGAACGAGAAAGAGAGAGGAGAGAAAGACACCGAGCAAGAGAAAGUGAACAGCAGCGACAUGAACAUGAGGAAAAACAGAGGGACGGAGAAAGGAGAGAGAGACGCAGUGAUAAAGAACACUCUGGACACAAAGAAAAAGAACACAGAAGAGAUAGAGAAGAUAGAGAGAAGAGAAGAAGGGAUAAAGAAAGUCAUGUGGCACACACAAGUCACUCUCGAGAAGCUGAACAGCAUCACCAGGAGUCGAAAGAGUCAAAGGAUUAUUUCCACAGCAUCAAAGAUGGGGAUAGGGAAAAGGCCAGGGAGCGGGAAGAGAGAGAUAAACGGCGUGAAAAAAGGCACAAAGAGGCUUCAGAAUCCAAGAGGAGUGACAGAGAGCGGAAACAUAAAGAUUCAUCAGGACAUGACCUGAGUGAAAGGAUAAAUAGAGACAAAGAGGAACCUACCAAGAUACCUCAGUUAACAUGGAGGUCUGUUCAAGCUGAAAUGAGUGAUCCAGAGAUCCCUGUAGAGAAUGAAGAAACUGAAGAGAACAAACAAUCAAGCCAAGAUCGUAAUGAUUAUGAGGAAGAUUUUGAGGAUUAUGAAGAAGACUUUGAGAAUGUUGAUGAAGAGGAGGAUGAUAAUGAGGAGGAGGAGGAGAAAGAGGAACAUGACAAAAAAUUGAGAGAAGACAAGAGGGAGUUGAGUCCUAAGAGAAGAGAAGAGAUAGAAGCCAUCCAGAGAGCCAUUGAUGAGGAAAAUGCGAGAAUCUACUCUGCAAGAUCAAAGCCCACAACUGCAGAAUCAGCUGUCACCCAGAGUGAAAGGCACUCAGUUGACAGAAGUCGAACACAUGGCAAAAUUAUUGAUUUUGUAUCAGCAAAGCAGCGAGAGGUCAGCCAGAAAGUGGCCAAGAAACAGAAGAAGCGCAGUGAAGAACUUCUGCGUCUGAUUGAUUUAGACUUCUCCAUCACCUUCUCUCUGCUGGAACUGCCUCCGGUCAACGAGUAUGACAUGUACAUCAAGAAUUUUGGAGCAGCCAAUACAAAACAGGCUUAUGUGCAGUGCAAUGAAGACAACACUGAUCGAGAUAUACAAACAGAAGAAGUAAACACGACAGACAAAUGGACACAACACCCACCAGAAGCAAAUGCAGCAUGUGGAGGGUCUAGGGCAUCUGAAGACAGUGCAGAUGAAUCCACUUCAAGAAUAAAUACUAAUUCUCAACGUCUGACUACUUUUUUACGUUCUGCUGCACAGGUGAUGGCUGUUCUGAUAGAGGAAAAUAUGGCAGAGAGUAAUUCUGUCAAAAGACUUCGCUCUCAAACUGACGCACUGUCCUUUAGUGAUGGCUGCAUUCAACUCAAUACCAAACUCCCCUUUCUGCAUGGUCGGCAGGUGAGUCUGCUGCAGUUCUCGCAGGUCCAGAGACAGACUCUACUGUCUGUUCAUCCUCCUUCCUCCAAAAGCAGUGCUGUACGGCUUGACAGUGAGACAAUCAUCUGUGUUUGGAACAUCUGGGAGCCAUCCAGACCCCAAAAAAUUCUUCUUUAUGAAUCUGAGGUGAGGUGUUGUUGUUUCAGUCCUGGUAAAGUUACACUAGUGUUUGCUGGUACAGAAAUAGGCUCAGUGGUGGUAUGGGACCUCAGAGAACAUUCUGGCACUCACUUGAACUUGGUGGUUGGCAAGGAGGUGUGGACACUACGCUAUCCGACCUUCUCUACAGAUGCUGUGCUUUCAGUGGUAGGUCAUCUCUCUCCUGUUGUGUCCAUUGAACCUGUACUGGCGACUGCUGAUACAAGUUUAAAGAGCACACUAACUGCAGACAUAGAUGAGUCUCUGGGACUGUCUUUCCAGUUAGGAUCUCUGGAUGAAAAUGGAGUAUUAACUCUCUGGGUUGUGGUUGAGCUGCACAAAGGAAAUGAUUCUGGUUCUCAAACAGACCUAGGUCUGAGGCCCGGUGGUAAAGUUAAACUACUCCACAGCUCCUCUCUACAGACCACUGAGAAAUCACCUCAAGAUGUUAUAAUGGGAUUUGGACCUCCUGUGAGCCUUCAGCUAAAGUUCCUCCCGUCUGACUCAAACCAUUACUUCAUUGGUACUAACAUGGGUCUGGUUAGACAUGGUACAAGGCAUAGCUUAAAAGUUCUUCCAAAGUUCUACAGAUCACAGUUUGAUAGCUGUAGACCAGUGGAGGUCACAGCACUUGACUUCAGUCCUUCCGGGGAACCUUUGUUCUUGGUUGGCUGCAGUGAUGGAACAGUCCGAAUGCACUCUGUCCAGAGAGAAGAUCCGUUGAUGGAAUGGUCUGGAUGUUCCAGUGGCGCUUCCAUUCUGUCAGUGCAAUGGUCUCAGACUCGGCCAGCUGUGUUCUGUGUUCUGGAUGCUGCCUCUGAUCUUCACAUCUGGGACCUGACUAUGAAGGAUUAUGUGCCAUUCGUCACUGAGAAUAUACACAAUGACCGGGUGACUGCCAUGGCAGUGUUUGGUGAGCCAGCCAAACAGAACACAUUUUCUGGCGUUGCGCUCGCCAAGCAGUCCGGCAAGGUGGAGAUUCAGUAUUUUAAGGAGUCACUAACAGUGCCGAAUGCCUGUGACACAGAAAAACUUAAAUCUUUUUUGCACAAUGCUUUUUUGAUAUGAGAUAGAUUCAAGCUGAGGUCUAUCUGAGCCCAGAUUCAAAUGAAUUUCCAGUUAAAUCCAUAAUAUGCAAAUAACAGAAGGAAAACACAAAGAGACAUUAGAAAGUCAUGUGCAGUAUGGGCAGACCUAGUGAAUUAUAUUUCCUUGGUACAUCACUAAGGUACCUAAAGCUACAGUACACUGAUGGUGGCUGGAACAGCUUGAAAAGAAUGAGAGAUGGAUGUUUAAUACUGUCACAUUGGCUACGCUGUUUGGUCUGUACAAAAAACAAAUGAACUUCACUGGCAUAAAAUUUGUUAAUUUGUUGAAAUUUUGCCGAUGUUAGCUAAAACUUGAUGGUUUUGUUGCUGUAAGCAAUAUAUAAGCAACUGCAACUGCACACGGAGGACUGUCUCCCUCACUAAGGAUUUUUGUCAUCUUUUGGACAUGGACACCAAUUAUAGUCUGUCUCUGAGGCAAACUGCAUUUUCACACCAUGCUGAUUAAGACAUCCCAC